AUGGCUGAAGUUGUACCUCACCUCUCCUUCAUUUUUGGUCUGCGGGCUGGAGUGGCAAACAACCUCUAUUUUCUUGAUGAGCAGACUCUAAUCUUUCCAGCUGGAAACCACUGUGUGUGCUUCAAUAUUGAACAGACACUGCAGAGGUUCAUUCCAGGAAAAGAGGGAAGCGAAGGUAUGCUGGCCCUGGCCAUUAGCCCUGACCGACACUACCUGGCCAUAUCAGAGCGCUUUGGCAAUGGGAUCAUCACAGUGUUCGACCUACAGCAUGAGGAGAACAAGAAGAUAAGGGCGCUGUGGGGAAGAGACAUCCCGGUGCAGGAGUUCGUCUGCAUGGCCUUUUCGCAUGACUCCAAGUACCUCAUUGGUCAGUCAGGACCACCUGACUGGAUACUCUUCUUAUGGCUGUGGGAGACACAACAGGUCAUUGCCACGGUGAAGACCGCUGGGGUUGCCAACACCAUACAUCAGGUGAGCUUCAACCCUCAGAACAGCACUCAGAUAUGCGUGUGUGGGAAUGGGGUCUUCAAGCUUUUCCGUUACUUUAAGAAGACGUUGGAACAGGUCAAUGUCCCGGCGCUUCCGCCUCACAACUUCCUGUCACAUAGCUGGAUGUCAGCUACACGGGUAAUCACAGGCACAGACAAUGGGCAGCUGUUGGUGUUUGAGUCUGGAGAUCUCUGCUUGGAGAUGAAUGUGGCAACCAAACCCUUCACGCAGGAUCCUGAAAGGUGUGGAGAAGGAGAUGGCAUGGAAGAAGAGUUAUUCCCUGCCCAGCUGCCUCGUGUCACAGCCAUCGCUGUCUACUCUAAAGGAUUUGCCUGCUCUGCUGGGCCAGGGGUAGUGUGUCUAUUUGAGAAGAUGGAGGACAAGGACAACUAUAGGAGAUCAAAACAGAUCCAGAUCCCCUCAAAUCCCUUUGGGAAUCAUCUCAACAAGACAGAGCCCCAGGAGAUUGUUUCCAUGUGCAUUAGUCCAUUGGAGGCAACCCUUGCAACCAGCACCGACCAGGGCCAGCUAUACAGCAUCAGCUUGUUUUCUGCAGAGAUGAGCAAGGGGGAGCAAGCCCAGUUUGAUUUCCUGUCCCAUUCCUUCCACUCGAGUACCAUCACAGAUCUGUCCAUCUGCAUCCACAAGCCAUUUAUCGCCACCUGUUCCCAGGACCGGGCUGUACACAUCUGGAACUAUGAGACAAGAGAACUAGAGCUUCGCAAAGAGUUCCAGGAGGAGACGCGGUGCAUAGCUCUCCACCCCUCUGGGCUGUUCAUCCUGGUGGGAUUCCCUAGCAAGCUGCGUGUGCUGAAGCUGCUCAUGGAUAAUAUGAGACCCUUCAAAGAAUUUGAACUGACACAGUGUACAGAGUGUGCCUUUAGUCAUGGGGGACACAUGUUUGCAGCUGUCUCUGGAAAAGUCAUUUAUGUCUACUCUACAACAGCGUUUGACAACCUUCUGAUUCUUCAGGACCACAAAGCAAAGGUAUUCUCCAUCAUUUGGAGUGAGGACGACAGCCGGAUGAUGUCAUGCUGUAUGGAUGGGGCCGUGUACAAAUGGAACACUGUCAGUGGUAAGCUGGAGGCGGAGAGUGUCCACAUGACCUACAUGUACUCCAGCUUCACCGUCUCUCCUGACGCCAAGACUAUCUACGCUGUUGGGACAGACUGCACACUGAAAGAGAUUGAAGGCUGCCAGAUUGUGAAAGAAGUUUCAACUGACAAUGUGGUUUGCACUGCCAUUACCUUGUCCCGUGGGGGUCGAGUGCUCUUUAUCGGCACUAUUUCGGGGACAGUCAGGGCCAUCGGUUGCCCUUUAUCUAAACAGAAGGACUGGAUUGAGUACCAGGGCCACGCCUCACCUGUCACCAAGAUGGUUGUCACAUUUGAUGACCAGUUCCUGGUGACCAUAUCAGAGGACCGCUGCCUCCUCAUCUGGAAAUUGGUGUGGAAGAAGCAUGGCCUGAAGAGGGACAAGGAGAUCCCCUACUUGGAAGAGAUUCUUAUCUCAAAGUCUGACAUGGAGGAGAAGUUUAAGACUAUGUUGCAACUGGAGAUAAGGGUAGCAGAGCUAAAAAAAGAGAAGGACUACCAGCUUCAAUUGAGAGACAUAAGCCACAAAAUGUUUCUCAAAGAAGUGACAGAGAAACUCAAAGAAGAGAUUGAGUCACUAAAAUCAGAGAAUGAGGCUCUCAGAACAGAAAAAGAGAAGCAGAGGAAGGACAAUGAGGACACAAUGGAGGCAGUGAUUGAGAAGCAUGCCAAAGAGCUACAGGACUUAAAGGCAACCGCCAACCAGAGGAUGUUGUACGAGUAUGAGAUGUACCAUGAUCUGCACCGUAAAUACCAGCACAUGCAGGAGGAGUACAAGCACGAGCUACAAAGUACAGAGGAGAGGAAGACACAAGAACUGGAGGAGCUCACCACUCACUACGAGUCUAAACAGGCGGAGAGCCUCCUGGUGAUUGGACAGUAUGAGGAGAAGUCCCAUCUGCAGAAGCAGGAGUAUGAGGCCAUGAUAAAGGGGAUAGAGAAAGAUGCAGAUCAGCUGAUUGUGGGCUACCGCGGCAAGUAUGAGAGGACACUGAAAGAGGAGAGAGACGCCAACAUGCAGCUACAAGACGAAACUGGCAUCAUGAGGAAGAAGUUUGGCCACAUGCAGAAGGAGAUUGAUGACAAAAACAAAGAGAUUGGGAAACUGAAGGCAGAGCUGCAGAGGGCACGUGGCAGCAUGAAGGCCCUGGAGAAGGACAUGCAGAACCUGAAGGUUGAGAUCAAGAUGAGGAACCUGAACAUCGAAGAAAAGGAGAGGGACAUUGGUCAGCUAAAGGAGAUGAUUGCUGAUCUUGAAAAGAACAAGUUCUUGCAAGACCAUAAAAUGAAAGGGAUGAUGAAACAGAUCAAGCCCAAUGAGAAGCUCAUUGAAGAGUUGAAGGAUCAGAUUAAAGGGAUGGAGGGUGAACUGGAGCAGUAUGAAAAGCAGACUACCCACCAGGAACUGAAAAUCACAGAGUUAAAACUCAGGCUAAAAGCCGCUGAUAAGGAUAGGCAACAAGAUAUGCAGAGGAUAAAUGACCUGGAAACCCUGCUGAAGAGAUUCAAAGCAGAUCUUCAUUACUGCGUAGGCUUCAUUCAGGAGCCCAAGAGGCUGAUGCUAUCCAUGAUCUUACUGUAUGACUGCUACAUCCAGCAGUCCGACUUGGUGGGUAUUGCAAGGAUGGAUGUCAACGUUCAGAAGAACGGUCGCGAGCAGGAGGAGAUAGAGGAGAACGUAGUUGCCUGCCUCAAGAGGACAAUGGCCAAAGACAGUGAGGUCCACCACGCAUUAAAGUUUAAAAUGAUGAAGGAAAAUGCGAUACUCAUCAAUGAGAUCAACAGUUUACGGCGCAAGCUGAAGCUCCUGCGCGAUCAGGCCCGGGACUAUGAGAGUCGGCUGCAUAUCACCAAGAAAGAGAAGCAGAGCCCUGCUGAGCUUAAAGCAGCCACAAAGACUGCCCCUGUACUUCCGAUGACGAAACCUGACCUUGAGGAGGAGUCUGAGAUCCCUGAACAGCAGGGUAUUGAGAUCAAGAACCCCAAUCCAGAACUGCUCAGCAUCUCCUCCAGUUCUGAGGAGGAGUUGGAGGACAUCAGCCAGCUACUGAGUGCGAAGACCCUGGCCGACAGGAAGCCAGACUUGCAGAGGCGCGCUUACAGCACCAAACUGCCAUCUCUUAACUUCUGA